UUGACAGCGUGCGGUUCGGUUGGGACGUCGGAUUACUUUGCUUUUGCUCCUUUACCAACAAAAGAGGCGCCAAGCCAAUCAAUUGACAAAUAUUCUACCAACUCAGUGGGCACAAAAGAGGCAGUGUUGUGCGAAGAUUGUCACAGCUGUGUCUAUACUUCUGGUGACUCAAGAAGAGCGUGAAGAAAGCAAACAUUUAGUGCCUCCGAUCUCUCGAAUCGAUCGCGCCGGAAGAGCGAGUGGCCGGCUGCUCCCUUCAGUCUCUCUUGUCGCUCACAAACACCCCUUGCCGUUGGGUUUCUGGUGUCGCGUGUGCCGCCAGCCACAAACUACAAGCUACAAUCGGCAGAAUACCAUAUAUACCAUAUAUACGAGUUGCACGCUACACCCCGCCACCAGGUGUGCGCCUUGGACUUGGCCGAUUCUUUGGGUUCUUGCUUGGCACGGCGGCCCUUGUUUCGGUUUUUGUUUUGUUUUGCUGCAUCCAUUCGUCGUCGAAGAUUCCUUUCACAACGUUGCACCCCAGCUGUCGUCCCGAAAUCCGCCAAAUGACGCCCGUCCGCAGUUGAUUGGAAAUCACUGUGCCACAUAGAUUGUCCCCUGGAAUUUUUAGCAAAACUCGCCAACAUGUCCGCAAUUAGCAGUCGCAACCAGAAAAUGGAACAACAGCGCCAGCUGAUGGAGGCCUACAUCCGCCAGAAACGCGCCUCGCCGGGCAUGGUCCAGGCCAGUGAUCUCCAGAUCAACCGCCCAAUGUCCGGGAUGCGCAGCAACAGCCGCGAGCUCCACGCCUACGACGGACCCAUGCAGUUCAUCAGCUCGCCCCAGAAUCCGGACCAGAUACUGGCCAACGGAAGUUCCGGGGGCGGGGCUCCAGUUGCCAUGAACACGAGUCGCAACCACUCGAACAACAUGCGCAGCCUGAGCACCAUUAACCAGGAGGCUGAUCUCAUCGAGGAGAUAUCGUCACACGAGCUGGAGGACGACGAGAGUAGUCCGGUGACUGUGAUCGAGCAGCAGCAGCAGACCGCCCCGCACAGCGCCAACUCGACUCAAUCACAGCGACCGCGUGCCCGCCAGCACUCCUUCAGCGACACCCUCGACGAGGACGACUAUACCAAUCGCAAUGUGGCGGGUGCGGCGCCUGUACGUCCCGCCGGCCUGGCCUCGUCACCCUUCAAGGAUGCCACGACGAUGGACGGCAGCAGCAAUGGAACGGGUAACGGAGCCGGUGGGGAGUCCGAGGGUGAUGUCAUUGGCAACAUUGACCAGUUCGUGAUGCAGCCAGCUCCGCAGGGUGUCCUCUACAAGUGUCGCAUCACACGCGACCGCAAAGGCAUGGACCGGGGCCUCUUUCCCAUCUACUACCUGCAUCUGGAGCGGGACUACGGCAAGAAGAUAUUCCUGCUUGGAGGUCGGAAACGCAAGAAGAGCAAGACUUCGAACUACAUAGUCAGCUGCGAUCCCACGGACCUGUCCCGCAAUGCCGAUGGCUUCUGUGGCAAGCUACGCUCCAAUGUCUUUGGCACCUCCUUCACUGUCUUUGACAAUGGCAACAAGGAGAGCUCGGAAAGUCCUAGACUGGACCUGGCGGUCAUUAUUUAUGACACUAAUAUUCUGGGCUUCAAGGGACCCCGCAACAUGACUGUGAUACUGCCUGGCAUGACUGAGGACGAUCAGCGGGUCAAGAUCAGUUCGGCGGAUCCCAAGCAACAGGGCAUUCUCGACCUGUGGAAGAUGAAGAACAUGGACAACAUUGUGGAGCUGCACAACAAGACGCCGGUGUGGAACGACGAGACCCAGUCCUAUGUACUGAACUUUCACGGACGCGUCACCCAGGCAUCGGUGAAAAACUUUCAGCUGGUCCACGACUCCGAUCCCGAGUACAUAGUCAUGCAGUUCGGUCGCACCUCGGAGGACGUGUUCACCAUGGACUUUCGCUAUCCCCUGUGUGCGAUGCAGGCCUUUGCCAUAGCGCUGAGCAGUUUCGACGGCAAAAUAGCCUGUGAGUGAGCCUGCUCCUGCCUGGAGUAUCGGGUCACCCGCUGCCUUAUGUACAGCUAUCUGGAGGCAUAGUUUGGAAAAAGUCUUGGAAAUCUAGUCACUCGCAGAACACUGAAUCGGUUGAGGUAUAAGUAGAUACUAUUGAGGUAGCCCCCAUUACGUAUGACAUUUAUUCAGAAUGUGCUCACCGAUUUUAUAAGAAAUUAUUUUCUAAAUCUUAAUGUGCCCCCCUCUAGCGAUAAGUUCACGAAUCGCGGUAAACGUCAUCAAAAGAAAUAUCAAUUUUAUAGUCUGCAUAUAGCAACAACUGGAGAACGAAUAUAUUAUGUAAACUAUAUCAAAUGCGAUUACUAUUAGUCGUUAAAAGAGAGCGUGCCGAGCUCUUAUCGAUCAAAGAUUUAUUUUUCAUUGUAAGAGAAAGCUUAGAUUCGUCUAUUUACGUAUUUAAGAGUCAAUAUCACACAAAUGCAAACGGAAGAUAAUAAUAAACAGAGUACGAUCGUC